AUGAAUCCCAACAAUAACCCUCUUAACACCCAAAAUUCUACUAAUUAUCCUUUCAACUACCCAAAUCCCAACUAUAUAUUUCAAAAUCAAUCUUCCAACCAACAAGGUCCCCAAAAUAUACCAAAUUUCAUAAUACCGUCAUCUAAUCCAAACUAUCAUCCAUAUUAUAGAUCUAUGAUGUCAUAUUCAUCUCAAGCACCACCUUAUUAUUCUUCUACUCCAAUGGGAAAUGAAAAUGUUCCUAAUGUUGGACUUGAUGAAUUUCCUGAUUUCUCUAAACAAACAGCUCUUGGUGGCAUGAGCGGUGGUCAUGGAGCCACUCCAAAUGCAGAGGAUUCAAAUCCUGUUCGUCGAAAAAUCCCCAAAUGGACCACUGAUCAAAAUUUGGUUUUAAUUAGUGGGUGUAUUAAAUAUGGAACAGACAGUGUUGUUGGGAGAAACCAAAAAAAUGCUUAUGAUAAUGUUAAGCGUAUGCAAAAAAGCGGGUGGUCGGAGAAUGAUGUAUUGGUAAAAGCGCAUGAAUUAUAUUCAAGUGGUAAGAGUGGACAUUUCAUUUUAAUGUCAGAAUGGCUCGCUCUCCGUGAUCAACCAUGUUAUGGUAGUCAGUGCUCGCCGAAUGGGGAGGAAUCCAGCAAAAAAAGGGUAAAAAAAAGCAAUGGCGUAGCCUUUGAAUCGGUCAAUGAAGAGUGGAAUGAAUUCAAACAAUUUAAGGAGAAAGAGUUGGAACGAUUGGACAAAAUAGCCAUGAGACAAGAGGAAGCUAACCAAUUAUUGAAAGAAAGUACUGAGGCUAAGAAGAUGAAGAUGUUUAUGAAGCUAAGUUCAAAGGAGCAUCUUGAUGACCGGAGCAAAGAGUUGUUGGAAAAGUUGGGUCGCGAUCUGUUUGGAAAUUAA